GAGGGAAAAAUCCCGUUGCGAAAUCAAGCACGUAUGUUGUCAUUUUCGCAACGACCCGUUGUUAUAUUUUUCAACAACGGCUGUUGGUGAAUUGUGCACGAACGUGCUCAAAUUGACACCGAGACGUGGUCAACUUUCGGUACCAACAACAGCCGUGCUUAAUUUGUCCAUUUGUAAUAUUGGUAAUUGCAGCCGAUUACACACGAGUAAAAAAUGACAACGGUGGUGCAUGAUUCACACACGGUCGUUGUCAAUAUGACACCGGUCGUGUAUGAAUUAUGCACCACCACCUGCAUAAUGAUGCACCACCGUUGUUACUUUGUACACCGACGUGCAUGAAUCGUACACGAUCGUUGCCAUUUUAGCAACUACCGUGUAUGAAUCAUGCACCACCGUUGUCAUUUUUUUUACUCGUGUGCAAUCGGCUGCAUAUUUACCAUUUUUUCCGUGUUAUUGAAAGAGAAAGGACGCAUUGUGCAAAAAAUUUAUUGAAAAUGAAUAAUAAUUCGCAAGAUCCUCAAAAUAUCAUUGGUGAGUUGUUAGAAAUCGAUGGCAAUAUUGUUGUGGUUCGCGAUACAAACCAUUGCAGCAGUCAAGAUGCGGAAAACAAUGAGGACGAUUAUAUGUUAAGGGAGUUCUUAAAAGGAAUAAAUAUGGAGUCGCUUUUUGAACAAUUAAAAGCAUCACAUGUAACAUUUCGCAGCUUGCAGUACUUGAAAAAAGAAGAUUUAAAGGAAGCAGUGCCACCAUUGGGACUGCGUGUUGAAUUCAGAGAAAAGCUCUUUGCUUGGAAAAAACGAAAGCUCGGGAUUGAUGACGAAACUAUGUCAGUUCCAUCUAAAAUAGGUGAAUGGUGGAAACGCAACGAGACACCUGCAAGUACUCCUGGUACUCCCGACACUACAGGUUCGAACUGCUCAAAAGCCAAAGGAAUUUUGUCAGAGGAUCUAACGGAAUUGUUAACACAUACCUCGAAGGGGAAACUAGCGCUUGAAUGUAGUAGCGUUAAUAAGAAAUUAAGUGACGAGCAAAGAGAUGAUAUAAUUAAUAUAAUUAUUGAAGAUAUUUUAACCAACAAUGUUACUCUUUACACUCAAGACUAUAUGCGCAUAUUGGAUGAAAUUUGUUCCGUUUUUCCUCUUGAAAACGAAAUGAGGGAUUAUUAUUACAUUUCAAGAAAAGGAAAGAACAACGCAAGCGGAAAACUUUAUGCCAAGUAUAGAAACAAGAAGUCCAAAAGAAUAAAGCUUUUGAUUUCCGAGCCUAGCACAAGCAAAGCAGCAACUCACACAUCUCCUAAUUUUUGUAACAAAGAUGUUCCCGAAAUUGAUGAAUCAGUUGAAAAUUCAUUGAAAGCUUCCUUACUAAGAGAAUGUAAUGAUUGGGGAUCGAUCUGCGAAAAAUGGAAAAGAUCUUUUAACAUACGGCAAAGAGAUAUAAAAAAUAUAAGUAGCCAUACAUUUCUCCUUGAAUGGACGAAGUUGUCCGAUGCAAGAGCUUCAGAAUUGGUAAGUAGCCAUGAGCUAUUUAUUUGUAUAUGGAUACUAAUGUUUCGUUUUAGGUCAACAUUGAUUUCGAUAUUAUGUAUCCACAGAAAGGCAAUCUUCUACUUUCUAAAUGGGACCAAUUUAAGAAAAAAAUUUACAAUUAUUAUGGGAAAAAUAUUCAUAACGAACAUUGCAAACAACUCUUCGCAAAUGUUUUGACGGCAAGCAGCAUAGAUGCUCAAGAUUAUAUAUACGCAAUACUGUUGAAUUCAGUUUUACCAUCACCUGCUAGGUUUAAAUGUGGAAACGGUAAAUUACGAAAAAAAGUAACAAUAGCUGAUUCGCAGGAAAGUUUCGUACUGCGACUACCGACAAUUAACGAUUAUAAAAGGCAAAUUGAUACAGUCACUGAAAAGUAUUACAAUGCUGGAUUAACUAUACAGCCAUUUAUAAUUGUGGAGGGUUUGUCCGAUUUGAAUAUAAAAGGUUUUUAUGUUUUUUUUAACCACAAUUUGUUAAAAUUUCAAUCGUUCCUCGAAUGUUUAGAUACAUGUUUUAAAAUUUUUCAUGCACUUUCUUUAAAAUAUCCAAAUGCCUGCCAAAUUCCAUGGAUUUUUAUCCAAAAAUAUUUUUAUGAAAUUAAUACUGUAUAUGAUAUAAAAUCAGUUAAUUUGACUUCACUUAUUAAUUUCUGCAACAAUAAUUAAAGUACAAUUCAAAAUGUAUAUUUGCUUUCGUUGCCGUAAGCAUUUUGAUAAGGCAAAUCUUUUAAUAGCUCAUUUGAAAACAGACCAUUUAAUGUCCACUAAAUUUUUAAAAGUACAAUGCGUUCAGGACAACUGUAAGCAAACAUUUACAAAAUUUACGUCAUUCAGAAUUCAUUUAGAAAAACUUCACAAGAAUCACACAAAAGCUCCACCAAUGGUUAAAGCCAUUAAUGUGCCAGUUGAAAUGUCAUCAUCAAAAGAAAAUGAUUAUACAAACAGUGAAACUGUUAUUAACAA